CCCGUCAGACGUCUCUGUCUACGACUAUGUGCCCAGCCGAGAAUGGCGGAGGCCAGCGCACUUGACGAACUCCAGUCGGAGCUGACCUGUCCGGUGUGUCUGGAGCUGUUCCGUGAUCCGGUGAUCCUCGAGUGCGGACACCACUUCUGCCAGCGGUGCAUCAUCCAGUGCUGGGAAGCCAAGGCGGACGAGCUGUCGAAUUGUCCAAAGUGCAGAAAGUCGUGCGCCCGCAAACUGCGGCCCAACUCGCUCCUGUGCAACGUCGUGGACAGUGUGCGCCGAGUCCGGGCCAUGGACACCGCCUCGGGCACAACCGGAUGGGACCCGGAAGGCGCGCUGGAGGAGCCGGAGGACCGGGAGCCCGGGUCCAGCAUGAGCAGCCUGGCCUCGUCCAUCGGGCACUGGCCUCGCCUGGGUAUGGAUAUGUGCGAGGAACAUGAGGAGAAGCUGAAGCUUUACUGUGAGGACGACCAGCUCCCCAUCUGUCUGGUGUGCGGUAUGUCCCGAGACCACAAGACCCACAACGUCAUCCCUAUUACGGAGGCUUUUGAAAACUACAAGGAUAAGCUGUCUGUGGCCCUGGAGAGGGUUCAGCUACAGAAAGAGGAGGCCGCGCUCUUCCAAAAACAGACCAAUGAAAAGAUCCUCCUCAUUAAGGGGAGAGCGGGUGAUCUGGAGGAGCUGGUCUCUGCAGAGUUUGGCCGUCUGAGGGAGUUCCUUCUCGAGGAGGAGGAGCGGAUAAAGGAGAAACUGCAGAAGCAGAAAGAGGAGAAACUCAGCCAGCUGGAGGAGGCGCUCACUCAAGCGACGGAGCAAAUCAGCCAACUGGAAAGUACAGCCGACGAGCUUCUCCUCAAACUGAGGGAAGAAGAGAACCCAGAGCAGCUCAAGGGAAUCAAAGAUUUCAUUGGAGGGGCUGAGAGCUUGUUUGAGCGCCCUCCAGAAGUGGGUGUCGAUCUGCAGUCAGGAGAGUUUCUGGGACCCCUGCAGUACAGGACCUGGAGGAAAAUGAGCUCCAUUUUUCAGCCAGCUGUCACAGCCGUGACCCUUAACCCAGACACAGCCUACCCCUGCUUGUGGGUUUCCUUGUGUCGCAGCAGUGUCCAGGUGGGCAAAAUCCAGCCCAACCUGCCCAACAACCCAGAGCGCUUCACCCGCUACAACAUCGUCCUUGGCUCUGAAGCCUUCUCCUCUGGCAGACACUACUGGGAGGUGGAGGUGGGCUCCAAGACUGCGUGGGGUCUGGGCGUGGCCACAGCCUCUGUUAACAGGAAGGACGAGAUCAGCCUCUGCCCAGAUGAUGGAUUCUGGACCCUCGUGCUGAGGGACAACGGCAACGGCACCAGCGAGUAUGAAGCGUGCACCGAUUCAGAGGACAGCUUGUUAUAUCCCUCCAAACCUCCCAGAAGGGUGGGGGUCUAUCUGGACUACGGCCGUGGUGAAGUCGCAUUUUACGAUGCAGGAAACAUGAGCCACCUCUUCACCUUCUAUGAUGCGAAAUUCAAAGAGCCUGUUUUCCCCUACUUUAAUCCCUGGCCGAUUAUCAACGGACACAACUGGGAGCCACUCACCAUAGUAAAACCAAACUGGGGAGACUACUGAUGUUCUACAUCAUCAGAUUCAGAAUAAAACUGCAAAAGAGAUUCGGGUGGACUCAUUCAUGAGCUUUCACACAUCUGCCUUGUUAUAAAGACGUUGCUGAAUUGAUGAUGUGGUGAUGAUGAACAUGCAGGUAACAAUAACUUGUAAGACUGAAAUUAAGAUGAAACUACCAUAGCACAAGACAAAUGACACUUAGAAGGAUAUUCCACAUUUUUCUUACUGUAAACAAACCCCAUGAAAAGACAAAGAACCACAAUGAAGGUAUCCUGUCAACAAGUAUUUUCUGUGUAACCAAAACCUGAUUAAGUGGAGGAAUCAUGUUCCCGGAUUGUCAGCCCGUCUGUCCAGUUCUUGUGAGCACGAUAUCUCAGGAACUUCUUUAGGGAAUUUCUUCAAAUUUGGCACAAGCCUUCAGUUGACCUCAAGGAUGAACUGGUUAGAUUUUGGUGGUCAAAGGUCAAAGGUCAAGUGACCUCACGAAACAUGUUUUUGGCCAUAACUCAUAACUUUGGCCAUAAUUCAUAUGGUAAUUAUAGCAAAAUACACUUAAUACUUCAAAUUAAAUUCCUUCAAAGUCUUCACUAUUAUAUGAGUCUGGACAGAAAUGGAGUAAAUCCCACUAACACCCUGUUGCCUAAAGCACCAAUUGUGUAUUAAUCCGCGGAUGAAAAUAUUCCUAAACAAAUACGCUAUUUGUUGGAGGGAUUUACUUGGACUUUUUUUCUCUUUUUUUAAUGAAGCUAUAUAGUCUUAGCUGUUUUUUUUUUUUUUUUUUAAAGCUUUACAUCUUUUGUAUAAUCUUCUUCUGUAGAGAUGAAUGGAGCUUGGGGCUGGCAGCUGAAUAAGUACUGAUACAUACAGUAUUCUAACACUAUUGGUUUUGGUUUUUUCAGGGAAUAUGUUGACAAUAUGAAAAAUAUUGACUAGUCUAAUCCUUUAAGUUUUUGUAUUGGUUCUGAAUUCAUUAGAAAAAGGGGUAAGGCAUAUUGUUUGCUAAAAAUGUAAUCAAAGACUUUACUGGCAAAAAGUCUUGGCAAAAAGGUUUUUAAAUUUUAGUCAUUGAUUUUGCUGCAAUAUCCUCUUGUGUGUUUUUGAAUCAAUAUCUAACAAUAUGACAUCAUGUAUUUUUCUGUUUUUAUAUACCUUAUCCUGUAAUUGUUAUGACUUGUACAUGUAAAUGGACACUUCUCACCUCCCACCACCAUCACAUUUGUCCAACACUGGGCCUCUAGGUUUUGAAGCAUCCGAGUCAAGAUGAGAGUAAAAACUGUCACAUGAGAGUUUCAUAAUAUGAAUAAAUUUUCUAAUGAA